AUGCUCGCAAGUGUGUUUUUUUUGUUGCUGACCUCCAGAGGAGAAGUAAGCGACCCGGGAGAGUCCGGCGCCGAAGUCUGCUUGCUGCCGGCCGCGGCGGAGCGGAGGCGCACGUUCUUGACCCUGCUACUUCCUCUCUGCUCUCCUUCGGACGCCCUUUUUAUCCUCCUCCUCCACUUUCUUCCGUCCCGUGCUCCCGGAGGCCCGCCAGCCCAGAGGCUCC